AAAACACGCAACCGCACAGACGAAUCUUCUUCACUCAGCGUUGAUAAACAAAACUCGAUUUAUUCCACGUAAUCCGUAAUUUUCGGGUCUGAUUCUUGCUCAAAUUUUGCCACUUUUCGGCGUGAAGUAAUGUAAAAAGCGCGUUCGUUAAAAUGAUGCGCUUCUGGUUCCGGUCGUAGCAAGUCUAGUGCGCUUUGUGGGUCUAGACGAGAGGUUUGCACCAGUUAAUUAGGGGGGGAAUUUUCUACUUCGCACAUUAGAUUAGAGGAAAUUUGGCCCCACGUUAGAUUCGAAUAGUCGGGCGUUGAACGAUGCGUCCGCGGAAAACGUUUCUCAUUGCGGCAGUCCUGGUCGGAUGGAUUUUCACGACGUACUUAAUUUUCCUGAAAAACUUCAAGGAUUCCGACCCGAAAAAGGACCACGAAAUGAUGCAGAAGAUUCGAUUUUUGGAAAAGACCAUCCAAUUGGAGGAGAACAGUCGGGAUAAACUGUACCGUGAGAUAAUCAACAUUCUGCAAAAGGAGGACAAGACGACCAGCACAGAGGCGGUGCCGUUGAAGGGCAACGGGGACGCGGAAGAACAGCCACCUCAGAUUCCGGUGGCGGAGUUUCCGCCGCGACCCGAGGCUGAGGUGAUUCUCAGCAAGUUUGAGCAUAAGUUCAUCGACGGUGACGUGAACAAUCCGGUCAUUCCGGUGCUGGUGUUUGCCUGCAAUCGACUGUCGGUGAACAAGUGCCUGGACGAUUUGAUCCGGUACCGACCUCGGGCGGACCAGUUCCCGAUCAUCGUAUCGCAGGACUGCGAUGAUGAGGCCACCCGCAGCAUGAUUCUUUCCUACAAGGAAAACGUAACGCUGAUUCGCCAGCCGGACCAAUCGGACGUGACGGUUCUGCCGAAGGAGAAAAAGUACAAAGGCUACUACAAAAUCUCCCGCCACUACGGGUGGGCGCUGAAAACGGUCUUCAAGCAGGGCUUUGAAUCGAUCAUCAUCGUCGAGGACGAUCUGAGCAUUGCGCCGGACUUUUACGAAUACUUCCUCGGCACGUAUCCUAUCUUGAAGAAGGACCGCUCGCUGUGGUGCACAUCGGCGUGGAACGACAACGGCAAGGAGGGCCUGAUCGACGGGGCGGCCAGCGAGCUGCUGUACCGGUCGGAUUUUCCCGGGCUCGGCUGGAUGAUGACCAAGGAGCUGUGGAACGAGCUGGCGCCCAAGUGGCCGAGGGCCUUCUGGGACGACUGGAUUAGACAACCGGAACAGCGCAAAGAACGCGCCUGCAUUCGCCCGGAACUGCCGAGGACGCGAACUUUUGGCAAAGUUGGAGUUUCAAAUGGCCUGUUCUUCGAUAAGCAUUUAAAGUUCAUCAAGCUGAGUGAAGAUUUUGUCACUUUUACUAAGAUGAACCUGACGUAUUUACAAAAAUCCGUUUACGACGAAAUGUUCCUUAACACGGUCUACCAGAGCGACGUGGUCACGCUGGACGAGCUGAAGCGGGGCCUGGUGAAGACGAAGAACCCCGUUCGGAUUACGUACCUCACCAAAGAGCAGUACAAACGCGCCACCAAGAGUCUGGGCUUGAUGGAUGAUUUUAAGUGGAGUCCCCGCACGGCGUACCUCGGCGUCGUUUCGUUCUUCUACAACGGGCAGCGGGUCUACCUGGCGCCAAACACCAACUGGAAGGGCUACGAUCUCACCUGGAGUUAA